UACUGAGACGUUACAGUGCGCGGGUUCCCCUUCAUCGAGUCCAUCGCCGUUAUUUGAGAGGGAGUUAAGGGCUGUCUAUGGCAUUUCCGGUCCAUUUCAACAGCACAUCUUUCGUUUUACGUCCCUGGUAUAUUUUGUGAUGUCGCUUCAUACUCUAGUGGAGAGACCUUUACUCUCUGACAUGGACUAUUGGUGCGUGGAGGCAGGGUCUGUUAACGUGUCGGAAGAAGAAUGGAAGAACAUGAGCCUCCAGGCUCAUGGAUCAAGGAAUAGAUGUCACAUAGUAGUCGCAAAUGGAACCGUAGUGCACUGCAGCCAGUGGGUGUUCAAGAAGAAGAACUCCUUACGGGCUGCGUUCCAACUGGUGUGCGAGAGAGAUUGGGCGGCAAAACUCAUCGACGCAGUUUUCUUCGCUGGCUGCCUUACCUCGGAUACAGUCAUGGCGAAGACAGCGGAUGUAUAUGGUCGCUAUCCAGUCGUUUCCAUCUGUGCCUUCGCCUUGGUAUUUGGAGAUCUGGCCUUCUUCUUCGUGGACGACCUGACCUCCUUCCUGAUAUGUCGCUUCACCGUCGGCUUCGCUUUGGAAAGUGUCUGCAACACUGGAACCAUUCUAUUAUGCGAAGUUGCGGACAGAAAAGAUCGGUCCCUCAUGAUAUUGGCCUGCUUUCUCUCAUGGGGCAUCGGAUAUCUUGCCAUGUGGCCGAUUGCAGCUCUCAUUGACAGCUGGAAACUCGUACACAUCAUCAUAAUGCUACCGACCAUGCUCCUCGUCCUUGGAACCUUCUGUAUUGACGAAUCGCCGAGGUUCCUGGUCGCCAUGAGCGCCGUGGAGGAUGCAGAGACUGUCAUACAACGAGCUGCUAAGAAAAACCAAGUGAAAUUAGACACCAACAGCCCAAGGUGGAAUAAGACGAUGGACCGCAUUGCUAAGGAACUGAAACUACGUCCGCAGCCACCGCUCACUUCUAUCCUCCUCGACAGGAAAAACACAAAGUUCUUAUUCGCGUUACUCUGCAUCAACUUCACGUGGUGCGUGUCAACAUUUAUGUAUUACACCAUGACGGUGAUGAGCGUCAGGGAAUACAAAGGACAAAUAUCCAUCAGCCUCGGGGAAGCAGAAGGAUCUGCUCUAGAGUUGCUGGCUUUUGUGCUCGCAAUAAUGAGCAUGAACCGAUUCGGACGCCGUAAACCAAUUGCUGCUGCCCUGAUCAAUGGGGGACUCCUGGCAUACCCAGCGUUUGUUCUACACCAGUGGUUCCACUUUCCACAGGUCUCCAUUCUGGCGCUGGGAAUCUCUAAGGUUUUCAUAACCACUGCUAAUAACAUCCUACGUAUGCAAACAUUGGAACUGAUUCCAACGGUGGUGCGCAGUCGAGUGUAUAACAUGUGUGCAUUCUGCGGCCGCCUGGGAGCGAUUCUAGCUAUAUUUAACGACGAAGUGGCUUACUUGUCGUCGAUAUCGGGAGGUCUUCUUCCCAUGUUUUCUCUGCUCUGCAUAAUUGGAGGCAUCAUGCAGCUCCGCCUCCCGGAAACGCUGCAUAGAGCUCUUCCUGACCAUUUUUCCGACAUCGAAGAUAUAUUUGGGCCUUUCAAGACUUCAGUGCAAGCUCUUUCUCCGCGCCGUGCAUCCUUGGAACUUCAACGUCUGCGAAGCUUGGAGCGGCGAACUGGAACUACGUUGACCUCAAUAGCUUCGAAUGAUAUGGAUCAGAGUGCACAGAAGAAAUCCAACAUUGACAGCUCACUGCGCUGAGUGCGGCUGGAGUGCGCUGUGAAAUGUAGUUUAAUAGUUUUAGUCCUCUGAUUGAAAUACACGUUCUUGUAGCA